UAGCUCAUGGACAGCAAGUGCUCAUCUGACACGUCAGUGUCUGUAUCGAGGACAGGAUGUCUAAAUGUGAGCUGAUAGAGCUGAAGGACCUCAGUGUAAAUGAUCCAAUUGAACUGGCUGCUCCUGCGGCCCGCACAGCACUGCCACCUGUAAACCCAGGUCAGCAAGGCCACUUCCAUGUCGUCCGUCUGGUUGGAGACAGCGUCAGCAUUGAGGCACCCCUGUGUCAGACAGGAGAGGCUGCAGUGGGUCAUGACUUCCAGCCCUACAGUUACACCCAUCUCACCUGGUGUGACCUGUGUGGAGAAUUCAUCUGGGGUGUUUAUAAGCAAAGUUUGCGCUGCGCCAACUGCAGUUUUACUUGCCACUACCGCUGCCGACCAUUCAUCCAGCUGGACUGCAGCACGCAUGGACGUUUGUUAGCGGACCAGGACGAUUUCUCUGUCGACUCUAUCGAGACAGACACAAAUGUGGAUGAACAGAUCGAUUGGGGUAAACAGGAGUUUACUGUUAGUGAGAUUCAACACAAGGUUAAGGAGUAUAAUGCACAGAUCAACAGCAAUCUCUACAUGGUAGCUAAUAAAGACGGGUCCUACACUGGUUUCAUCAAGGUCCACUUUCAGUUAGUCCGUCCUAUCUCCCUCCCUCCCCGUCAGAGCCUGUGCUCCAUGCAGGAGGAAGAUCAGGAGGGCGGACGGAUGAAGCGGCGGACAUCUUUCUACCUCCCCAAAGAUACUGCCAAGCACCUGCAUAUAAGCUCCCAAACACGUGUGCGAGAAGUCAUCGAGGCCCUGCUCAACAAGUUCACCGUGGUGGACAACCCGGCCAAGUUUGCUCUGUUUGAACGCACAGAGAGACAAAGUCAAGUGUACAUGCGUAAACUGUCUGAUGACCAGUGUCCCCUCUACCUGCGCUUGUGUGCUGGCCCCAGUGAAAAAGUCUUGAGUCUGGUUUUGAAAGAGAAUGAGACAGGGGAUGUAAAUUGGGAUGCAUUUAGUUUUCCUGAGUUGUGCAACUUUCUGCGAAUCCUGAAGCGCGAGGAAGAAGAGCACGUCCGACAGAUUGUGAAACGCUACGCUCUUGCUAGGGACACGAUGAAGCAGGCCAUGGCAAGGAUUUCUACUCCUGGUUGACUUUGAAGGAUCCAGCUGAUUUAAACAUUAAGAAGAACAUUCUGCCACUUUGAAUAGUAUUGUUGAUUGUUGAUAAAAGGGAAGGAAAAAGCUCCGACAAUGAAAGAUGCUGUUACAUUUAAUGUGAACUACCUGAAGGUUUAGGCCCUGCUAAUGGAAGCAGAACCACUGUUGUCAACUGAUUGGGGGAACAAAACUUAAUUGGAUGCAGUACUUUCUUGGAAAGCCAUGCUGCUUGGCAAGAUUAUUUAUAGACCUAUUAUUAAAAACACAAUUUUAGUUUUCUUUCUGGUCAUUUAUCAUGUGAUAUUUAGUUUCAUUUCUAUUAUAUGAAGCCGUUUUAAAAUUUUGGCACUUUAAUGAACCCGUGAAAUGGAUCUGGGCAAAUUAAAAUGUGAAACAAUGUGUUUACAUUGUAAUUAUCUAAUAAACUGGUGACGA